AAACUGAAGUUGUUAACUAAAAUUUAAAAGUAGAGGGUGUGUAGCUAGGAUUAAAAAGUUUAUCAAUGUGUUGCAUCCUGGGAUUAUAUUAACAAAAUGAACAAAGAUGCACAGAUGAGAGCAACUAUUAACCAGAAACUGAUAGAAACUGGUGAACGAGAACGACUUAAAGAGUUGCUAAGAGCUAAAUUAAUCGAAUGUGGUUGGAAAGAUCAACUGAAAGCUCAUUGUAAAGAUGUGAUUAAAGAAAAAGGAUUAGAACACGUUACUGUUGAUGACUUGGUAGCAGAGAUAACUCCAAAAGGCAGAGCACUUGUACCAGACAGUGUGAAGAAGGAACUUUUACAGAGAAUAAGAACUUUCCUUGCUCAGCAUGCCAGCCUUUAAAAUAAGCUAAACAUCACCGCCAUGUACUUUGAUUUCUUUGAUCCAUUAAAAAGACAUGCCAUACAUUUGGAGUGCAUUUUUUAAAGUAGUCUUUUUUUUUUUUUUUUUGUACGAUGAAUUUUACAUGUUUUGGUAAUAACUUGUGUGUUGCAUUGAUUUUUUUUUCUUGAACUUUAUUUUAAUAAUAAAAACAAAAUGUAAAUGUUUGAAAA